AUGAUACCAGCUGACUAUGAGGAUAACGAUUGUGACGGAUACAUUGAUGAAGAUGUUUGCAUCAACUUGGAAGAUCCUGGUUUGGAUUGUACUGAUACAGAUACAGCAAACUCAGGCCCUGUUGAUACGGCUGGAAAAAGUUUCUUCCUUGCUUUUAUGAAUGACAAUGAGUUCUACCAAUACAGUAAUGUAUCUAUAACUUUGACACCAGUAACAUCAACUCCGGCGACCAUUUACGUGGAAAGUAGUUAUUCAGGCUGGACAACGAACUUAACCCUGAACUAUGGCGAUGUCAAACAACUUUCAGCUAGAAAAUAUGACGUCAUUUUGUUGUAUGAUACGACUUUUCACGGAACGUUUGGUAUAAAGAUUACAUCAACAAGUGAUAUUUUGGUAGUGGCCCAAUAUAUUUCUACUGAAAGUGCAGUAAGUUCUUUUCUUGUAUACCCGGCAGACUCCAUAGGUUUUGACUAUUUUGCGGUCACGGAAAUAAAAGGCAAAGAUGGUAAAUGUGUUAUUGUUGCUACAAAGGAUAACACCAAAGUAAGAAUCCUGUUGUCUCUUGGAGCAAACCAUACUCUCAGUUCAAGCAAUUUUCGAAUAUAUCGAUACGGCGAGCUGAUAACUUUUAAAAUGAAAUCACGUGAAACGUAUCAAUUUACCGGAACGGACGACAUUACAGGAAGUAGAAUUAGUGCAAAUAAACCUAUAGCAGUUUUCUGUGGUGGUCUUUCAGAAGACAAGGGGUUUGUCACGGAACAAAUGUUACAUACACAAACAUGGGGAAAACACUAUAUUAGUCCCCCUUUUCCUGAUAUUCAAUAUGUCAAACUUACAAUUAUGUCAAGAGGAAAUAAAAACCACGUGACCGUUAAUUCGUCUCAGUGUGGUAUAAGUAUGUACCUAUCUCUGAACUAUUCUGGUUCUUAUGUUACUGAAAUUUUUCAUUUAACAUUACAGCAAUGUGUAAUAAACAUUUUAGCAGAAAAAGAAAUAUCAGUGACUGUGUAUAUGCCUUUAAAUAUAGGUGUAAAUCCUUCUAAUCUUGUCCUACCUAGUACGGACCAGUAUACGUCAAAUAGCGUGUUUGUAGUUCCAGAGACUCCAUUUGAAGCAAGUACCACUUUCUUUGUUGGUUAUAUUUCAAGUAUUGGGAGUGUUGUAGAAGUUACCUUAGAUGGUACACUUUUGCCACAGGCUGCUCAUCACGAAAUUGGCAUUGGUGUCCAUAGCAUAACUACAGAUAGAGACAUAUUUAUCUACAUUUUUGCCGGUAGUGCAAAGAAAACUGAUGGUUCGAAUUUACCUGGAUACAGUUACGCAUACGUUGCAAGUAUGUUAUUUCAGCAAAUUGUACAGGACUGUAUACCGAGAUUAGAGACGAUUGAUGGUAUUGACAAUGACUGUGAUGGUGUUAUCGACGAAGACCCAUGCUAUAAUGCAUUGAAUGCCACAAUAAGUAAUGAUAAUACCUGGAUGUUUGAAGAGGACUGCGAUGCAGAUUUAUUGUCAUAUUCGACUACACCAAUUACUGAUUCGUCAACAGCUGAGCAAAGACCAUCAACAACUGAGCCUAAAACUUCAACAGCUGAGCCAAGAACCUCAACAGCAGCCAUAGAAACCAUUACAACCAUGCUUCAGUUACAGGAAACUUCAAAAACAGAGACAACAGAAAAUGCAGAUGUUACCGUUACAAGUACAGUUUUAAAACGCUCUACGGAAACAACAGGAAAACCCGUCACAACAGAAACUGAUGGUGUUGACAACACAAUCACUCCAGAUGCUGCAGAAUCAACUCCAAGUUUGAUACAAAAGGGAUCAACAGUGACAUCAGACGAAGCAACAAUGCCUGAUACAACAAUCAGAUCAACACAAUCAAACUCUAAUCAAGAAACAACAGGAAAUACCGUCACAACAGAAAUUGAUGACGUGUACAACACUAAUCCAGGGACAGAUACUACAGUUGGUGAUUCGUGUUACUGUCCUUGUUCCGUUGAUUCUCUGAAUACAGAGGAGAAAAUACAACAAAGAUUAGUUGACCUGCAAACGUCACUACGAGUUGAAAAGCGGAAGUUAUCGUCCUCCAUUAGAAAGCUAAAUUCAGCCACUGAUGACCGAACAUCCGUCCGUUAUUUGGGUAUCAGUGGUUUGAUAAUUUUAAUAACUGUUUUCCUGUUUAUUAUAAUGUUGGAUAGUAUAAACCUUAUUAAAGCCUUCAAAACACGAUUUGGUAAAUAUAACUUGUCGUGAUAUUUUGAACUAUAGUUACACUAGCUCUUUCAUUGAAACUCAGAAAUGUAUUUACGCAUUUCUAAGAAAGACUUCCACUGCAUGUUAGAAACAGUGAAAAUAAGGCUGUAAUCAAUCAGUGCCGAGUGCAAAUCAGGAAAAAUAAAGACAUAUCUGUUCACAGCUUCGGGUAGCUGUAAGAAUAAUAACUGUCGCGUAUUGCGUAUUGAUGUUGCUGCAUAUGUAUAGUGUGGACGGCAUGUAGUUACUUCUCAAGGCGAAGUGAGCGUUAUCUAACUGUAUUUCGAGUUUAAAUUUUUUACACAAAAGGAUCUAAAGAUAGAAGGAAUGUACGUAAAAAGCGGAGAAAAAUAUUUUUUUUUUACAUUUUAAUUUGCAAUUUGUCGACAUUCGGCCCACAGUGUCGUGUUUAAAUAUGAUAUGUUAUUGCUGCUAACAUUUCCGUUUUGAUGAUGAGAAAAUAUUAUGGCAUCACCGGAUUUGUUUUCAUUGAAAAAUAAUUAGGCAGUAUAUGUAUCUAGUGAACGAAACAUUCUUAACAUCAUGACGGCGUCGACUGCAGACUCGUAUUUUUUCAUGUUGUUCAAUCAUUACUUAUACUUUAAUGAUUCAGACAGCAAAACGAAUAGCUCAAUUACGUAUACUUUGCCCAAAGGAAUCGACAUUGCACCCCCUUUCCUUUAUAAUGUGUAUGCCGCUCCAAGUUAAAUACUUGUUUUGGUGAGUGAGAAAUAUUUUUAAACAUCAAUUUUCUGUGAAUUGUGGACGAACGAUGAUAAUUUGAAAAUGAAAAUUGUUGAGUUCAUUUAAAUGGAGCGAUAAUUCAGAAAGUCUUCAGGGAAUGGCCAGUAAUGUAUUUUUUUUUUUUAAUUUCCAACAUUGUGAACGAGCGAAUCCGAAGAAGUAUGAAUCAAUUUGGAGUGGCCUUAUAAUUCUAUAAUUUUUUUUUGGAUUUCAAUUCAUUUAGACGACUUCAUGAAUAUGAACAUGCAGCUAGUACUUUGUUGAUCAAUAUUAUUAUAAAUCUACUAGUUUUAUUUCUGAUGUAGGAUAACGGGGCAUUGCACUUUAUGUUGAAUUUGUAAUUAUAUGUUUUAUAUAUAUCGUACUUUUUAAAUAAUGUAAUCUGUAAAAACGUAAAUCAAUGUAAAUGUAAAAAAUGUCAAUAGAGUAAAAAUUGAGUUUUCAAUCCCGCAUUUUCCGAUCGAAAAGCUAUAGUCUUCAGAGUACACUUUAACCGGCAACAUUACAUCUAGAGUGAAACUGGUUUAACCUAUAGUUGGUUCUUGUAAGUACUGUUUAUUUACAAUUUGUAGAGUCCAAAACAAUAUAAGAGUCUGCAUUGUGAUGUAAUGGCCCUUCGGUACUUAGUGUGUAUGGACAAAAAAUAAAUAUUAUUGUAUUUUUGUUUUUAUGAGGAAAUAUUUUUUUGAGGUGCGAAUCCUGUUUGAGCAUCUGGGGCGUGUUUUAAUGGUCUCUUCCGUACAUCUCCGUACAUCUCCAGAAUGUCUUCUGGUGAAGAGUCCAAAAAAAUGAAUCUGGACCUCUUCUGGGGAUAUUCUGUAGAAGAAGCAAUAAAAAACAAAUUCAAUUUGCCGUCGAAUAUAGCAUAAUUUUUUUUAUGUUGGGUGACAUAAAUGAAGUUUAUGAUGAUUUAUUAGAAAAUUUAGUUACGUCAGUUCAUUCGGUAGACAUGACUGUAAAUCCUGUAAUAGUGUACUCUGUUUUGGCAUUGAUGUAAUUAUGUAAUAAGUGUAAAAAUAAAGAA